AUGGGAAAACACAAGAAAAAGAGGCACGCAGAGCGUGAUGAAAAGGAAGAAAUUCUUCGUAAAAUUCAGAAAUUGAAUGAUCAGGUUCAGCGUCUCUUUUCUGAACAGUCAAAUGUUAAUAAAGACUCAAGUCCCUUAGUGCUUGACACACCUACUGUGCCUGACGCAAAUAUCCUAGGCGACAAGCCUCCAUCUACAUCCUCUCCAGUCAUAUUCGAGGAGAUUUCUCCUGAUCUGAUUGACUUGGAAAGUUCACAAUUGGAUGAACUCGACUCAGAACUGUUGGAGGUUCUGGGCGCAGACCCAUCAAAGCCUGUUGAGACAGAGAUCUUUUUCCAGAAUGAUCUAGAGGCUCGCUGGAGUUUUUGGUUAACCUCGAAGGUUCAACAGGAGGUCCUAACCAAAAUGAUGGAUAGGUAUCCUCGUUCUUCCAGUAAAUGUCUCUUUGAGGCCCCUAAACUCAAUCCAGAGAUUGCAUCCAUUUCGACAGAUGCCUUGACUCAAAGGGACAAAAAGUUUUGUGCUUCUCAAAAUCUCACAGGCUCUGCUCUCGUAGCUCUGGGAGCGGCUAUUUCAAGUUUACUCGCGGAGGAGAUCGACAAACUAGACCUUCUCCAGAAGUUAUGCGAUGCAGGGAAAAUGAUGACCCAAAUUCAUUUUGGUUUCUCUACGACGAGGCGAGCUUUUAUAUCACCUAGCUUAAAUAAGCAGGUGCGCAGUGCCCUUGAAGAGACAACUCCAGAUCAGAUGCUGUAUGGUUCUAACCUCUCCGACAAGGUGAAAGAGUUUAAGACAUUGUCCAAGUUGGGCCAGGAACUUAAGAUCCCUCCAGCUCUACCGAAGAAACAAAGUUCUUUAAACCCGAAGAGCUCAUUUGUGAGGUUCAGGAAACAAAUGGGCCAGAAGCCUCAGACAUCAUCCAAAUCGAGCAGCAGCUCCUUCAAUCGCAGAAAAUUUCCCAAACGCAACAGCAACCCUCAGCAGACGUCGUCAGCAGAGUCGUCGAACACGCACGAGAACAAGAAGCCAUGGUAA